AUGGCACCAUUCGGUACAAUCUACUCUUACACGCCCAGUCCUCGGGUCAUGAAGGCCCAGGCUGUGGCCAACCUGAACGGCCUGGAACUGACAGUUCCAGAGUUUGCCAUGGGUAAAACCAACCGUACUCCGGAUUUCUUGUCCAAGUUUCCUCUAGGCAAGGUGCCCGCCUUCGAGGGUGCCGAUGGAACCACACUGUUUGAGUCGGACGCCAUCACCCGGUACAUUGCCGAAAGCGGGCCGGCCGCCGAUCAGCUGCUCGGAUCUACGCCUGCAACGCGCGCCACCGUCCAGCAGUGGAUCAGCUAUGCACAGGGUGAGAUUCUAGACCCGGUGACGCACUUGAUCAGAUGGCGUUUUGGUUUGGUGCCCUACAAUGAGCAGCUUGAGGAGGCCAACCUCGCACGUCUGGAACGCUCGCUAGAUUGUCUGGAGACUCACCUCAAGGGUCGUACCUGGUUCCUUGAUGGUGAGAAGCUCAGCUUGGCCGAUAUCACCGUUGCUUCUGCCCUGCUCUGGGGUUUCUCCGUGGCUAUCGAUGCGGAGAUGCGCCAGAAAUACCCCUCCGUCGUCACCUGGUAUGAGCGGACUCUCGAGGCCGAAGGUAUCAAGGGGGCCUUCGGUGAAAAGAAAUUCAUUGAGAAGCGCCAGGGUCCCCAGGCUUGA